GGACUACGUUUUCUACGCAGUUUUCAUCGUGCUUUUUUCCCAAAUCUUCCAGGCACUGGAUGGUAUGGUGAAUGGUGCAGCAGAUGAUGUUGAAGCAGAUCCUCAGGCGGAACUUCUUUCACACGACGACAAAGAUCUCGCUCUCGUCGAUUCCCGGAUUCUCCUCAUCGCGAUUACCACCUUCCUCUGGGCCUGGGUGUUGAUUUUUUUCUACAUGGCGCUGCAAAAGUCGGAAUAUUUGUUGGAAACCAGUUCUCUGGUGCAUGGGCUCAGCACGGAGAUGCGGAACACGUACACCCUGCCGAUAUGCAGCGGAAAACUAUUGUAUCAACCGGAGUCUAGUUGGUCAGCAUGAAGAAUGAAAUUCAAAUUUGCAAUACCUGUUAGCGUACAAAGAUAGAUCUGUCAUGCUGCACGACUGGGAAUCAUUACAACUACGACUACGAUACUUUAACUUUUGCAAUGCAUAGCCGAAGUUCAUUGGCGAAAAACUGUGCUUCGACGAUGUCAAGUGGAACUGCCUGCGGAACCAGGUUGUGUACUAUCCUGUGCAAAAGUAUCGUACUCGUGGUAAUUGCAGUAUAUGCAUUGCAAAGUUCUUUCUCAAGUCAAAUCCGCAUUACAAAUUUCAUUCCCCAUGCUGAGGAAGUUUGUCAUGCGAUUUCUACUAGUACGAUAGUUUUGAAAUUCAUAUGUACUUCGUGCUCGCGAUGUUUGUUUUCCGCUUAUUCGCAGUGGACUCCUUCGCUGCCGCGCCGGCGAACUAUGACAGUGCACAACUCCACCGCCUCCUCGUCAUUUGUCAUGCAAAACCUCAAAUCCAGUCGCUCCCUUAUGGCACUGUUUGCAUGACAAGUUGUGGUAGCCCAAAUAGCACUACACUUGAGUGAUGUAAAUUUGUCAUGCAAAACCGGCACUCUUGCUGAUGCUUGUAUUGCCGUUCAUGCUAUACAAACGAGGGAAAGCGGGAGCUGUGCACUCUCAUACGAACGUAAUCGAGGUCUUAAUCGGUGUCGUCGUGUACAUGGUCGUAUUUGACGUCUUGCUCUCCAUUGGCCACCGGGUUUUGCACACGCAUCUGUAUUUCUGGCACCGGCAGCACCAUUCCCAAAGGGGGAGCCUGCCCGCGGGCGGAUGGUAGUACUAGAUUUUGGCUUUUUUUGGCCCACCUGGAGCCCACUGUUUGAGAAUUAUACCCGGGAUGUGGACCGCUACAGAUGUAGGUUGUGCAAUAAUAAUUUACCGCGUCAUCAUCUUCGUCGGGUUGACGACGAAUGUCACAAAAACACGGCAUCAUGAAGACAACUCACUUCUUGACUUCGCAGGUACAUGCACAUUUGCGACCUGUUUAUUGAGCUGUGGAUCCCGAUUUUUCUCCCGCCUUUGCUCUUCAAGGCAAACUGGCUUACCAUCUGGACCUGGCUUUUUCUGGUCGAAUGGGACGGGGUGCACACGCACUCGGCGCUGGACUUAUAUCAUAUGUAAAAACGUCCCCACCCCAUAGUCGAGUUGGGAACUUAGCAGCACAAAUCCAGAAGUUUUGGGAGCCACGCAUGACAAGUUGCAGUCCGUAGUGUAGCUCAUGUUAGCAAGGACAAUCGCAAAUCAAAUCCGUCUGCUUAUCCUGUUUACAGCAUCACAAAUUCCAAAAUGCGAUUAGUAAUGCCUGGCAUGGACAUGCGCAUUACAAAUCUUCCUGUCAUCGUAAAUCUGCAUGACAGCUCUCGGCUGGGGACGUUUUUACAUAGGAUAACUUACUCCCCGGCAUCAUCCCGGGCCCGAAGCGGCACUGGCUGCACCACAUGCUAUGCAGUGCAAAAGCAUCGUACUCGUGCUAGUAAUUGCGUUUAUGCAUCACAAAUCUUUUUCAUAAAGGUAAAUCCGCAUUACAGAUUUUCUUUCUCAUGCUGAAGAAAUUUGUAUAUGCAUGUAUAAUAAUGCGAUGCCUGUCCUUUUGCACUUUAUACAUGCUCUAUUUCUGCAAUUUCGGACCGGGACUAGGCGACUACUUUCUGGACACAGAGUCGCGGCCGAUCCGGAUUUAUCCACAGGAAGUAAUUUAUUCCCGUACACGUCGUACAAAGUUCAUCACAAAUGUAGUAGCCAACAACUCACAGCAUGUUGAUGCCACUUCUCAUGCUCUACUAGGAUCGAAGGCAAGCUUUGUCAUGCAGAAGCCGCAUAAUUUGCACGUCGUGUAUAGGAAAUUUCCUGUGGAUAGGAUUUGCGACGAAGUCAUGGAGAAGCUUCCGAAGGAUGGGGAAGAACGCAGUGCGGUUGGUGGGGGCAGUGAUAUGGAUGUCGCGGCUCAGAUCGUCGAGAAAAACAAGGAGUUUGUGAGAAGCAAGACAACACGGGAUCUGCUCACCAGCGUGCAAGAGUUUAAGCGGACGCAGAGAGGUAAGUACUUAAGUAACUGUACGUUAGAUCUACUGCUCGAGAUCACGACCUAGCUGUUUUUGUCGUGUACUCUUCGUUUUUGCAGCUAGGUGGUCUUGACAGAAACCUAGAAUUCUUUCCUCCAACGUCUACGUCUGCGUCGGCGCGCAUGUUGACCACGUUGACCACGACAGAAGCGAUUGGAAAUUCACUUUAAAAAAAACAGCUCUGUCGAACCAAAAUUUCCGGCAAACCAUGGUGGGGAAGCUCCUGGACUCAUUCCAAAUUCCCCUGUAUCGCCAAGAAAAAAGCGUUUGUCGCUGCGAUUUUAGGUUUGGGGAGCAUGUUGUAGUACUCGAUCGCAAAUUUAUCUUUAUGAUCUUGCAAAGCCUUGAGCGUCUGCAAGAACUGCAUGCUAAUCAAUACAACUUGCGGAAACAGUGAAUAAGUCGCUGUUGCAGCGCUUUCUCCGGACCGCAUGACAAAUUCACUUGCAACCGCUACCACUUUUUGUUGUGAUACACUGGAGUUUGAGUCCAGUGACGAGGACCGGUUGCUCUUUUACCACGGUUAUCCGGUGCAAAAGAAGUACUGUCGCAACAAUUGUUACUAGAACUUGCGUCACACUAAGACAAAUUUUCUUUCCUACCUGUUCCUGCAUUACAUCUCUGUUCUUACUGAAAUCGAAAUGUGAAAUUAUUUGUGAUGCAAUUACAAGCAGAUGUACUGCUAGUUCUAGCACGAUACAACUUUUGCAAUGCAUAACGGCAUGGAGGUCCCCGAAGGGCAGCCCGCGUAUUAUGCGGAUUUGGCCGGAUUGGAGGGAGAGAGGCGAGGGCUGACGUAUAUACGGAUGUAGGAUUUUUACUGUUUCAACACUGGCAUGUAGUUUAUUCAACAAUCGAAUGUACAAGUUCUUCUCAACCUACAAAUGCAAAAAUCCUGUAGACCAAAGAUGAACACAAGUUUCGGAAGCAGUUAUUAUAGCUAGUUCUGAGCUGUGUGACGAUCAGCACAUGUUGAUCUUCCUGUUUCAGUGGAUAAUUUGUGUUGGGUUAUCAUGAUACAGCAGCACCAAAGACUAUAGACAUGUACAGAUUUUGACGGAAUAGAUGGACGAGAAAAUCCUGAAAAUGUACUUCUACAAUUUAGCAGUUCUACUUCCGCUCCUUGCGUGGGGCGCACGUGGCUGGGCACUUCCACUUGCCCCUUUGUCGGCCGCAGGACCGAAAUUAUGUUUCGGUCACGGAAGAAGUAGCUGGAUAAAGUAAUGUGACUUCCUAGUACUUCGGAAAAUAAAAUAAAUGGUUCAUCAUUUACUACGAGGUGGAGCUGGUGGGUGCGUUUUUAGCCUUGUCUUGGCUAGAGGACACGACCUCAACGAGAUGUUGUGCGAAAAAAAUAAUCAUCCCACUGAGGAGGUUAACUGCUCCAGAGCGGAGCGAAGCGCGCAAAG